AUGCCCAGAAAUGUCCUCGAAAUUCCCUUCCGCCGCACCCACCCAGUCGACCUCUCCUCCGCCGUGAAACAGUACAUCUCCACCAAAUAUGACCAGUCUCCUGGCAUGUUCGCGGAUGACCUACAAGAAAUCAGCCACCUUCGCACGGAUGCUAUAAAUGUUCAUGAAGCCCAUGUCAGUGGGAUCCGGCGUCUGACCCGAUACGCCGCUCAACUACGCUACAUAGGGGGAAAGUUCCCCAUCGACAUCGGUGUGGAUUUCCCUUGGUACCCUGCGCUAGGAUAUGAUAAAGACAAGCCCGUGCUACAAAACAAUGUCCGAUUCGAGUUGGCCAAUAUCCUCUUCAACUUGGCCGCGUUAUAUUCGCAGCUUGCCUUUAACACCAACCGAACCACGGUCGAUGGACUCAAAGCCGCAGCCGAAUACGGCGUGGCCGCUGCAGGAACGUUCUCCUUCAUGCGCACCGAAAUCAUACCGGACAUGCGAUCCACCCCCCCGGAGGAUAUGGACGAUAUCACAUUGGACAGUCUGCAGCAGUUAUGCCUGGCUCAAGCCCAAGAGUGUUUCUGGCAAAUCACGGUCAAGAAGAACAUGUCGGACGGAACAGUUGCGAAACUCGCGGCGAAAGUCUCGGAUUACUACAUCAUGGCUGCCGACGCGGCUCGUCAAUCGCGAGCAGUCAGUACGGAGUGGAUACAUCAUUUUCAAGCAAAGCAUCACCAUUUCGCUGCCGCUGCUCAAUUCAGACAGUCGCGAUAUUGUCUACAAAACAAACAGUAUGGCGAAGAAAUCGCCCGGUUGAAAGACAGUAUUGUUUGCGUGAAUGAGGGAUUGCAGGAAGCUCGAUGGAUCAACGCGACUGUUCUCGGAGAUCUAAACGGGCUCAAAACACGAGUCAAUGAAGAAUUGAAGAGAGCGGAAAGAGACAAUGAUAUGAUCUACCUACAAGCGCCGACCCCCAAGUCGGAACUCAGGAUACUGGAUCGAACGAAUAUGGUGGCGGCCAAAACCCCCUCCGAUGUUGCCAAUGGAAUUGCCCUCCUUGGUGAAGGACAGCCAUUUGGUAGGCCAUUAUUCGAAAAAUUGGUCCCAUACGCAGUUCACCAAGCUGCAUCCAUCUAUGCAGACCGACGAGAUCGUCUUGUCCAUCAAUCUAUCAUUGUGGACCUGGAAGCCAUGACGGCCAAACUCCGAGAAGUUCUUGAAUCCCUCGGUUUACCCGGCUCAUUACAAGCAUUGGAGAAACCCCUGGGUCUCCCGGGAAGUUUAGUAUCGAAAGCUGAAGAACUCCGACAACAAGAUGCCUUGUACCGAAUCAAGCGAUCAAUGGAAGACACCACCAAACUCAAGGCAAAUGAUCUGGCAAUCUAUCAAGAAGGCGUCUCGUUACUCGAAGCUGAAAAAGCCGAGGAUGACAGAGCCCGAACGAAAUAUGGUACGGACAGGUGGUGUCGCCCACCCUCUACGACCGCGUUAGCCAAACUCUAUCACACCUCCAAAGAACUCCAAACCUACCUCAACUCCGCCGGUUCAAGCGAUAGCCUGGUUCAAUCCAAAUUUCGAGAAAACGAACACAUUCUCCAAGUAUUGACUGGGACGAAUCGAGACCUUGAACGCUUUGUCCCUUCAUCCGGUCAAGUGGCCAUGACACCAGCCAUUGAACAAACCGCCUCUCGUCUCCGAACAUGCCUCAACGAAGUCUCUCGAUUAGAAACCAAGCGGAAGAACCGCAUCAACGCCCUCAAAGAAAAGGCAAAAUCCGACAACAUCGACCCCGCCCUCCUAUCCGAGGCAGCUCGACUUGAACGUGACUAUCCCAUGCAAAAGAUCGAACCCGGACAAUUCGAAAAGUUAUUCGAAACACGGCUCGAAUCCUACGAACCCGACCGUGAAGCUCUGAUAACCGAGCAAGAAGAUCAAGAUCAAAUAGUAGCACGACUACGCGAGGCAAAUAAAGCCUUCCUAGACGCUCGACGCGGCGACACAAGUACACGAGAUCGACAGAAAGCGCUACAAGCCUUGGAUACAGGCUAUGCCAAAUAUAAAGAACUCAUCAGUAACCUCGACACCGGGAGGAAAUUCUACAACGAUCUAGCUAGCCACGUCACGCGGUUCAGAGAAAAUUGCAAGGGACAGGUCUCUGAACGAAGAGUCGAGGCUAGCCAGUUAGAAGCCGAACUCGCCGGGCAGGAUAUGGGAAGGUUGAAUCUUGAAGAGACGAGAAGGGAACUGACCAGUCAACAGUGCCAGCAGCAACAAGCGCAGGAGAAUCGGUCGGGAAAUCCAAAUCUGCCUCAGACGAGGAGUCGGCAUCUUGGGGGACCUCAAGGUCAUGAGGCAAUGACGGCACCGGUGCCGACGAGAAAUCCGGUGCCAGGGGUUAUGCCUUCGACCGCCCCGUUCCCGGUCAAUGUCGCGGGAGGGACGAUUGGUGGAGGUGGUGUUUGGUCACCGGAUAUGGGGAUUCGGUUUGGUGGUGCGCAGAAUCAGCCUGGUCAGGCAGGGUAUCCUGUUCCAAGAAGACCGUGA